UCAGUUCACUGGAUGAUAUCCAAAUGGCUAACAUGACUCCUUUACAUUUAAGAUGAAGCAAAGCUAGAUCUUGGCUCCUGUUGCUGACCCCUUUGCCUGGAUUUACUCCAUCUGGAAUUAUUCACUUCAACGAAAAGAUUAUUUUAUUUUAAAAUAAUCUGUGAAUCACAACAUGGAAAAGAAUUUAAAAAAUAUCCUGGUUGUUUCAUUUGGAUUCUUAUUUCUAUUUACUGCUUAUGGAGGACUUCAGAGCCUGCAGAGCAGUCUCCAUUCUCUAGAAGGGCUGGGUGUCGCUUCUCUGAGUGUCAUCUAUGCAGCUCUGAUCCUGUCCUCCAUGUUUCUCCCACCCAUCCUCAUUCAGAAGCUUGGAUGCAAGUGGACAAUUGUAGGCUCCAUGUGCUGCUACAUUGCAUAUUCCUUGGGCAACUUCCAUGCCAGCUGGUAUACACUGAUCCCUACAUCUAUGAUCUUGGGGCUGGGAGGAGCACCCCUUUGGUCAGCUAAGUGCACAUACCUCACCAUUGCUGGCAACUCAUAUGCUGAGAAAGCAGGGAAACUUGGAAGAGAUGUGGUUAACCAGUAUUUUGGACUCUUCUUCCUGAUAUUUCAAUCUUCUGGAAUCUGGGGAAAUCUUAUAUCAUCCUUGGUAUUUGGCCAGACACCAAACAAAACAAACAUCUCAGAAGCUGCUCUGGCAUGCUGUGGUGCAGCAGACUGCAUGAACAUCACAUCAGAUGAUUCAAAUUCAUCACGACCAACGCAAAGCCUUAUCUACAUACUGCUAGGAAUCUACACAGGCAGCGGAGUGUUUGCUGUGAUUUUAGUUGCUGUAUUUCUAGAUCCAAUUUCAGCUCAACUAAAGGAGAAUGAAGUAAAGAAGAUACCAUCUUUUUGGUCUACUUUCUUGGCAACAUUCUGGCAACUUAAAGACAUCCGCCAGUGCCUCUUGAUUCCACUGACCAUGUACAGUGGUUUUGAACAAGGAUUUCUUGCUGGUGACUACACCAAGUCCUUUGUGACCUGUGCCCUUGGGAUAAAUUAUGUGGGCUAUGUGAUGAUCUGCUUUGCUGGUGCAAAUUCUCUCUCUUCCAUGUUCUUUGGAAAGAUUUCUCAGUUCACUGGUCGGAAUGUUCUGUUUGUUCUGGGUGCAGUGCUCAACCUUGCUUGUAUAAUAACAUUCCUGCUUUGGAAACCUCACCCAAAGCACCUUGCUGUAUUCUUCAUAUUGCCAGCUAUCUGGGGAAUGGCUGAUGCUAUCUGGCAGACACAAACCAAUGCUCUCUAUGGAGUUUUAUUUGAGAAGCACAAAGAAGCAGCAUUUGCUAAUUAUCGCCUGUGGGAAUCACUGGGAUUUGUCAUUGCCUUUGGCUACAGCACAUUUUUACGUGUCGACGUGAAACUGUAUAUUGUUUUGACUGUACUGGUGGUGUCCAUGGUCCUAUAUGAAGUAGUUGAAUACCUAGAAUCCAAGAAUUCUCCUAGAACAGAGAGCCUUGAAAAGGAAAAACCAGCUGAAAGUCAGCAAAAUGCUCAACAAACUCAGUUGUAAACCAGCAAGGUCACUGAAGACUGGAUCGCAGCCCUAAUUUUACAUAUGCAUUUUAAUGAGCUGCCAGGAAAUCUAGUGCCAAUCUGCAAUCUGGAAAGCAACAGUGCAUGGGAAAAUCAAUGGCUGAUGAUGGUAACUGGUGAUUCCCAUGUUGGUGCAGCUGUAAAUCUGAUGUGGGUUUUAUUCUGAAAUUUAAAACAGCUUCCCAAGUUGCUGAAUCUACUUCAGGGACAUGGGUUGGCACCCUUGAGAACUUGUUCACUAUUUGGAAAGGAUUAACCACUCUGCUUGACAGUAAAGAAGAAUGCCAAAGGACUGAUAUUACAAUGAUCUGUGCAACAUUUACUUGGGAGUUAUAUUUUCAGCAACAUUUUACAGACUUUUUAGAACAAUUUUUUUGGAUUGCAACCCCCACAAUUCUCCAGCCAUUGUGACAAAAAUGUUUUCCAAACUCUAUCAGGGUACAUAUAUACUGUAGAAUUAACACAGUUGACACUGCUUUAACUUUCAUGGCUCAAUGCUGUGGAACCAUGAGAGCUGUAGGUUUGCAAGGCCUUGAAACUUCUCUGCCAGAAAUGCUGGUGAUUUGCCAAACUACAACCCCAGGAUUCCAUAGCAUUGGCCCAUGACAAUUAAAGUGGUAUCAAACUGCAUUGAAUCUACAAUGUAGAUGCAUCCUUAUUUGUUCUUUUUAACAAUAUUGAUUUUAAUUUAUAUUUUAUUUGAUUUUGAAAUCAAAUAAAAUAUGAGAAUACACACUGUGAACACAAAAACAUUUUAUUUUGCUAAACAUCUCCUGUACUAAUUUCUAAAUAUUAGUCCUAAAUUGCUCCUCAUUAAGGUUUCUCAGCAGUUUGCUGUAUAACUAAGCUGUAUUUCAUUGACUCAUGUAAUUUUUGAUCAACAGGCAUCUCAAGCUUGGUCAGUUGUAAGCUGCUUACUGCAAGUAAAAUAAACACAACUAUAUACUUUUCGA